AUGCCUACGCCACUCCCUUCGAGUUUUGCCUCGGCCGCUGCUGGCAACAUCCAGGAUGCCUCCAGCAGAAGACCUGAUGGUUCUGUCGGUGCAGAAUGGUCUCGAUCUCGCAUGAACGGAGCAACACAAACUUUCCGCCGUCCUUCAGUCGCGACAAACCCUUCUCAAACUCGAGACGUUCCUCAGACCACAUCUGCUACGCAACCCGCGGUCGGUGCCUACAUCCCCCCACAUAUGAGCUCGAAUCAGUCUACCGCACUCCGCAAUGGCGCGGCCGGCGAGAAUCGUUAUUCCAAAGAGCAGCUGUUGAGUCUCUACAAAGUUCAACGCGAGACAGGGGCUCUAAGCAAACAUGUCGCGGAAUAUUUUGUCGCCGACUGGAAUCCUCAUGCGGAGACGCCGUCUGCUAACGGAGCCUGGGGAAAGCGGGAGGACUCCAAGGACAAUCCCUCUGGACCUGAGGUCUGUUGGGAUCAUGGUGGGCACGUGGAGCCGUUGGGCCUGGUGAACAUGACCGAUGAAGAGAAAGAGUUAUUCUCCCUUUCGGUCAACUCCCCUCUGAAGCCUCCUCCAACAAACGCCGCCAAGGAAAAUGCCGUUCCGACUACUACAGGACGCAAGACAUCGGUUUCGUAUCCUCAAAACCAUAUGAAUAACUAUAACACCUCUUCCCCCAGUUCUGGGCGUCCUGGACCGCGUCGCCGCGAGACCGGCGAUACCGUGGGCAACGCCGCGUCUCCUACGACCAGUGGAUCCCGCUUCUUCCGCGACGAGUCGAACACUGCCACCCCGCCUCCGUCCCUUCUCCGUCGUAAAACCGAUUUUCGCGAUACUUCCUCGACCUCCAAGUGGGACCAAAAAGAGAAAGAAGCUCCUGCUCGCGAAGGUGGCUCGGAAGUCGCUUCUCCGUUUGGUUCACUGAAACGGAGUGUGACCAAUCCCUUGGCCCCCGCGAGUGGUGGAUCAAGCUCCCCGUGGGGGUCCGCCUCGCAAAGUGCCAACUUCUCGCCGAUGGGGGCCUUUGGGGCUUUCUCGCUGCCGUCGGGUACUGCUCAGACACCGACUGCGGAAAAGAAAGCGGGAUUCGGAAGUCUCCGCGGAGAGAGCCGUCUAAAGGGCUUGUUCUCCAAGGAUAGUUCGGAGGAUAUCGCAGCUUCCGUCAAGGAGAAACCAUCUCUCACCAAUCUCGAACGUCUGACGGAGACAGACGGGGAGAAACGCGCGCAGUCCCCCUGGGGCGAACCUGUCAAGACACGCACUGGCCGCAGUGAGACCAAUCCCUUUGCGGAGGAACCUCGCAGUGGAAGUGCCGCCCUUGGCGGCUCUCAGGAUGUGGGAACAUCAGCGCAAACCAGUGUUGAUCAGCUGGGCUUCUCUGCCUUCGGAAUGACAUCGAGCAUUCCUGGCUUCCGCGAACUGAUGCAGAGCCAUGAGAAUUCCCGCAAUCCCACUCCGAGCCUGCUCCAGGGUCAUGAACCGACCAGCCCCACCAACACCAAUCCUUACCAGAGCCCGCAUGGCGAACGUGUCGAUGCGGAUGACGUCGAGACCGACGGAUCGGACAUUCAAAACACCCACCAUCCCGGUCUCACCGAAUUGCGGGACACCUCCGGUCCCUUUGGUUCGAUGCGCCGAGUCGGAUCCGGGAUGGACCUGCCCUCUAUUGACCGUAGCCAGACUUCGAGUGCGGCAGGAAACCGCAGUUUCUCCGGUCUCGGUGGUCUAGGCGGACUUCCCUCCCUUGGAGGUGCUUCUGCUUGGUCUUCUGGCGCCGUUGGUACCCCUACUCGGGAAAGGUCUGCCUUCCCCACUGGAUUUGGAGAUCCAAUCUUUGGCACCAUGGGAGACCUCCAGUCGCCGAGUCUGUCCACGCUAGGAGGCGGUGGCAUCUUCAGCCCUGGUAUUACGGGCACUGGUAGUAUUGGUCGUUCCAGCAAGCUAGGGUCUUUGUUCCCUCCAGCAAUGCAGGAGCAGAUGCAAGGGGACCAGGCGCGACAAGAUCUUGGCAGCCUGGACGAUGGCUCUCAGCCACAAGGUAAGAAUAUAACAGAAAAAGGGCGACAGAACCUGAGACAUGAGCUGACAUCCUAUGAAGAAGGCCCAGCCGAUAAGUCAGCUCAACCCGGGACGACCUCCGCCUCCCAGACUCCGGUCUCUGCGAUCGGCUCCGUUCCCGUUUCCAUGCCCAUGGAUGUCCCGCAGCCCAGUCUGACACCGGGCCAGUCUGGAAGUAAUUCUGGCUCCGUGCCCCCUGCCCAACAGCGAACCAUGGUGAUGCCUGACCGUAUGCGUUGGAUCUACCGUGAUCCGCAAGGCAACAUUCAAGGCCCUUGGACGGGGCUCGAGAUGCACGAUUGGUUCAAGGCAGGCUUCUUCAGCCCGGAUCUGCAGAUCAAGAAGCUUGAAGAUACGGAGUUCGAGCCUCUUGCGCAGCUAGUCCGACGCAUUGGGAACUCGCGGGAACCCUUCCUCGUCCCCCAGAUCGGAAUCCCUCACGGCCCGGAUCCUGGCCCUGGCCAUUGGACCGGAGCUUCGACUGGCACCGCUCAACCUCCUUUCCCUGGUAGUUUCCCAAGCUUCGGAACCACUCUGACUGCCGAACAGCAAAAUGCCUUGGAGCGCCGGAAGCAAGAGGAACAAUAUCUGAUGGCCAGACAGAAAGAACAUCUCGCACAGCAGCAAGCCAUGAUGAAGCAAAUGCAGUUGCAAGGGACGGUUCAUCCCAGCGUGCAUCCCCAUCAGCUUCAGCAUCAUUCUAGUGCCCACAGUCUUCAUAGUCAGCCCAGCUUUGGGAGUAUCGCGUCUCCCAUCGGCUUCCAACCCUCCCCCAUUCAAGGACCAAUGCAACAGCAGCAGCAACAACAACAACAACAACAGCAACAGCCUCCAUCCGUCGCCGGGUUCUUCGAUGCAGCCCCACCGUUGAGACAGGGAGGAGCUUUGCCAAACGUGGGCCCACAGAUGAUCGGCACGGAUUUGGUGAACAGCCAGCAUCAGCUUGCGCCUCUCCUCGAACGCCUGAAUGUGGGUCGUCCUGACCCGUUCGCAUUUGGCAGCCCUUCGUCAUUCGGAGGGCGCCAGCCAGAUAAUCUCUUUCACCCUCAGCAGGUAGCGACGAUGUUGCAAGACCGGGCUCGGCUGCAGCAGGAACAGGAACAGUUCGACAGUCUCCAGGGAGACAGUCUCUUCGAUCAGCAGCUGCACGAGGAACGACUGCAGCAAUUCCAUACCCUAAGAGCUCAAGAAGGCGAUUAUGGUAUGCCGCUCGCUGAAGAGAUGCUUGCUCAACCUACUGCCCCAUCUCAACAGUCCGAGAUUGAGCCAAUCGGGUCCCCUCAGAAGACCACUGUUAGCUCCGCCGCUGAACAGAUCCCUGCACUCGGCGACGAGGCCCCUCUCACUCUUUCCCAGCAGGUGCAGAAGGCCGCGUCUGCUCAGAGACAGCAGCAGGAGCAACAUGAACAGCAGCAGCAGCAGCAGCAGCAACAGGAACAGGAACAGCAGGAACAAAUCCAAGCUCCAGCGGAUGCCGCCUGGGCCAUCAAGGGUGAUAGCGCGAUGCCCCAUCCUUUCCCCCCUCCCCCAUCCGCAUCGCCUCUUCCCGCCCCUGCCGCUCAGCGCAACCGCCAGAACGUGGCCGAAUCUCUGGCAGCACACUCGAGAUCUCAGACCCAAACGCCAGUUGAUGCCCCUGCCACAUCGGUUGCUCCAUGGGCUCGGGAAGCCAAUGAGGUACCCAAGGGACCUUCCCUGAAGGAGAUCCAGGAGGCAGAGGCUCGCAAUGCAGCACAGCGGGAGGAAUUGGCUGCUGCGGCUCGUCGCGCCCAGCUCUUGGCGGAACAGGAGCGCCUGAGCCAAGCUCAAGUGCAGGCCCCUGGCCUCCCAUCCACCGCUAACUGGGCCAGUGCUGGAUCGCCUGCUACCCCGACGUCUGCUGGUUCCGUAUGGAACAGCAAGGGUCAGACCACUACCUCCACUGGUGCCGCGAAGAAGACUCUGGCCCAGAUCCAGAAGGAAGAAGAAGCCCGCAAGCAGCGUCUGGCGGCGGCGGCGGCCGCCGCCGCGGCCGUUACUCAAAGUGCCACCCCGACUCCUCCCGCUCCAUCCACUGGCAAGCGCUAUGCGGAUCUCGCCAGCAAGGCUCCCGCUUCGCCCUCCGUGGCUGCUGCUACUCCCGGCGCCUGGACCACCGUCGGCGCUGGCGGCAAGGCCAAGCAGCCCCCAGCCGCGCCUGCAGGCCCUCGCGCAAGCAGCGGUACCGUCCCCUUGGUGGCGUCUCCGGCCAAGCCCCGAGCCGUCCCAGUUGCCACUCCUCGGCCCGUUGCUGUUGGCAGCACCUCCCCUUCCAACGCCAAUCGCGCACUGGAGGAAUUUACCAAGUGGGCCAAGUUGUCCCUGGGCAAGGGGCUCAACAGCAACAUUAACGUGGAUGACUUUGUCCAACAACUGCUUUUCUUGCCCGCCGAGGCCGAGAUCAUCUCGGACUCGGUGUACGCCAAUUCGCAGACCUUGGAUGGCCGACGAUUCGCCGAGGAGUUCAUUCGGCGCCGCAAGCAGGCAGACAAGGGCAUCGUUGACCCUGUGGCUCCUAGUGCGUUUGCUGACCAGAAGAAUGCUGCUGGCGGUGGCUGGAGUGAAGUGGCCAAGAAGGGCUCGUCCAACGUGCACCGCGAAGAGGAGAGCAGCAACGCGGCGUUCAAGGUUGUGGCACCCCGCAAGAAGGGCAAGCGGUAA